AUGAGGGAAGAGCGCAACGGGGCUGCGAUGAGGCCGCGAGGGCGUCUGCACUCCUCAGAAGGAGGAAAGGAUGGAGAAGAAGGCAAAGCAGAGAAAGAGGGGUUUAAAGGGAAAGGAGAGGGAAACGGCGUCGUGGUUCUCCCCUCGAUGGCCGAAACCGUCCAACGACUUCUUGCGGAGGCGGGCAUCGAAAAACGCGACGAUCGGGUGGUCCAUCUUCUCAUCGACCUUCUUCAAAGAGAGACUCUUUCGCUCUUAGCCGACGCAGCAGAGAUUGUGGACUACCGCCACACGGCACGAGUCGGCGCUCUGGCCUCUGUGGAGAAACCCGAGAGCGACGAAAGCAUAGCGGGAGCGCUUCCGGCGCAAGGCGACGAAAAACCGCGACCUGCGCGACGCCCGGCCGGUCCUCCCUCGUCGAUGUGCAUUGAAGAAGAAGACGCAAAUGCAGCGGUGCAAGAAUACACGCAGAGAUAUGUCGUCCAGCCGAGCGUCGUUUUGGAUAGUGCCCGGCUCUGCAGUCUGAGCAACAGUUUGGCGUGUGGACAGUCGACAGCGGCUGAGCUGAUUCUCCAUCGCGCUACACCGACGGGAAGCAUGCAGAAUACCUCGCCGUUGCUUGGAGAGCCUUUCGUUCUUCGCCCCGUCGACAGUUCGUCCACCAGCGGAGUGCCGACCUCUUCAGGUCUGUCUGGGUCGUCGUUUGUCGGAGGCUCUUCGCGCGGCUCUACUAGUCGCACUGCCUCGUCUCUAGGAACGCAUGCAAUCCUCACCACGGCGACAAACAAGCAUAUCCUGGGAACCACGCCGCAGGGCUUGGCGCCUUACCUCCCUGAAGACGUUAACAUCAACACGCUCAUGCCGUCUUGGUCCCUCCGCUCGACCGCUGCCAGUCUCGGCAAACUGCAUGCAGAGGGCGGAGCGCGGGAGCGAGCGACCGCCUCGGUGGCGCAGGCAGAGAACCGGAACAGGCACCGAGAGGAAGGCGCCGAGACGGCAGGAGAGGAAACCGUAACAGACGAGCGCCACGUAGACGGCGGGGCGUGGCCCUCAGGACAAGCUGGAGACGUCGCAGCCGAUAUAUUCUUUCAAAAGGAACACCUCUUUUAA